CACACGUCUCUUUUGAGUGGAGAAAGGACCGCAGAGAAUCAUUAAAUGAAAAUGACUUUAAAAUAACAAGUUGGUAUUUUAUUCCGUAAAUAAUGAAAUUUAAAGUAACUUUGUAGUGUCAGGAAAAGGUAAGGAUUAUUUUGCAGUCAUUUUUUUUGUCCAUUCUGACGAAAAAUAUUGAAAAAUGACGCAGUAUUUACCACCAAAUUUGUUGGCGUUGUUUGCCCCACGCGACCCGUUGCGGUUCAUGCCGCCGAACGACAAACUACGGCACGAGAAAAAAGACGAUGGCUACAUGGGAAUGUCGGAGUAUGUUCGUCUAUUUGAGGAUCCAAAAGACACACCCCCUCCAACCCGUGUGGAGACUAAAGAAGAGAAGAAGGACAGAAAGAGAAAAGAGAAGGAAGAAGCCCACAGAGCCAAGGCAGAAGCCGCAAUCACAGACUGGGAGCCUGCAGCAGCCACUAUCGGAGACCCAUUCAAGACGCUAUUCAUCGCAAGGGUUAACUACGACACAUCAGAGUCUAAGCUUCGUCGUGAGUUUGAAUCCUACGGACCUAUCAAGAUGAUCCACGUUGUUCAUGACAAGAAAUCUGGCAAGCCAAGAGGAUAUGCAUUUAUAGAGUAUGAACACGAGAGAGACAUGCACAAUGCCUACAAGUAUGCUGACGGCAAGAAGAUUGAUGGGAGGAGAGUCUUGGUGGAUGUUAUGAGAGAGGGGACGGUUAAAGGAUGGUUGCCACGGAGACUAGGUGGUGGAUUGGGAGGAACUAGACGAGGUGGCCCUGAAAACAAUGUCCGUCACUCUGGAAGGGAGGAACCUUCACAAGCAGCAGCUGCAAGAGAUGAAGAGGAUCGAGACAAAAAUCAACACGAACGACCAGAUCGCAGCAGGAGCCAUGAUCGAGACAGGGAGCGCCGCCGGGAGCGUGUCGAUAGAGAUAGUAGAGACAUGGACCGCGGAAGAAGGGAUCGAGGAGACAGAGGGGAUCGAGGAGAUAGGGGAGACAGAGGAGAUAGGGGUGAUAGGGAUCGGGAUCGUGACAGAGAGCGCAGGGAGCGGGACCGUGAUCGAGACCGUGAUCGCGAUCGUGAUCGUGAUCGCGAUCGGGACCGCGAUCGGGACCGUGAUCGGGAAAGGCGCAGGAGGGACCGUGAUCGAGAGCGAGAGGGUGAACGAGACGUUGAAAAAGAAGGCGUCGAAGCAGAAAAUGAUGACAAGGACCAGGACAAGGACCUCCAAGAAGCCAUUGAGAGAGAUCGCGACAGGGACCGCGGACGAGACCGUGACAAGGACCGUGACAAAGACCGUGACCGACGAAGGCGAGAUCGCGACAGGGAUCGUGACCGUGGUGAUCGUGGUGACCGUGACCGAGACCGGGACAGACGUGACAGGGACCGCGGACGUGACCGUAAGCGAGAACGUGAUCGUACCGAUUAUGGAGACGAGGAGCCACCAGAUGUCAAGGUUAAGAUUGAAGGAGCUGAGGAUGUUGGCCUGGUAUCGUAUCCACCUGACGAUGAAGAAGAGGUGCCUCAAGAUGAGGAUGAGGUUAAAAUCAAGAAGGAAAAGCUAGACUUAGGAUAUGGUGACGUUGAGACUGCCAAUGGUUACCAACAAGAGUAGAUUCGCAAUCAUUUUAAACCUCAAGGAAUUUCUGGACUAACCUUCAUACAAACUUAAAAAGCUUAAAAGUGCUUUGUGUUGUAAGUUGUUCUUUUUAGUGGUUUAUGUUUCCAUUUUUAAAACUUGCUAGAUGUCUUUUUGUUUGUUUUUUAAAUACAGGACCGAUAAACUUUUUUUAUACAGUUCAUGUGAUGUUUUUCUUGUUGAUUUUUUUUUCUUCCCUGUGUGUUAUGAGUCUAACAUGUCUUUUAUGUAUGCUAGGAGGUGAGUUUUUGUAUCAAUAAUUUGACCUCUGACAUUGUUUGUUUACAAAAUAGACCCCAUUGCCAACAAAUUGCUAGAGAAAAUACGAGAGAUCAAAAUCAAUGUCAUGGCUCAGUUACCAUUAGGCCUAGUUAUAUAGUUGUUCUAUAUUAUGCAGUGCUUGAAAAAUGAAAAAAUUGUUCUGCAGAGCAACAUUGUAAAAGGAUCAAAUGUAGUUUUUCUACACUUGUUCUAUAUUUAUUUAGGCCCUGUAAACAAAACAACAACAAAUUUGACAGUGGUUUGUGUUACUUUAUUAUCUUACAUGUAGCUAUGUUUACAAUACGCAUUUCAAACGGAGUGUUACUUAUACUUGGUGGUUGGAGACUUACAUGGACCUUAUAGCAAAUACUUGAUAUGCACGCGUUAGACAUGUUAGACGACAGAGAAGUUGAAUGAAGUGCAUGCUGGUCUAGCUAGCCAUAUAGUUUGAUCGCUAGCUAGACCAGCAUGCACCUAAUUCAACACCUUGCACAAUGGGUAAUUGCGAAAAGGUCUUUGUAAAUUCAUCUUCUCUGCUUUUUGUGCUUUCACAGAAUUUCUUAUGAUCUAAGCAGAAAAUUGUCAUUGUCUGCUUAGCAAAAAUUGCAGGAAACCAGUCACAGACGGUGUUUAUGAUGGUAAUCUUGUUAUGGUAAGCAACAUUUUGUGUGCUUAGCUCAUUUUUGUGCUAAAGUAACUCCAUAAACCUAUUGUUCCAAUGUCUCCCAUAGAGUUUUCACUGACUAGUUUGAUUAACUUAUUUACUUCAUUGAAUGAAACAAAACUUUCAAAAACUACAUUAAGUAGGAUUCAAAACCUAGCAGCUGUUAGAAAUGUCGGAUUUGUCAAACGUAAGGAGUGGAAGUUUGGGAAGUAAUCUCCGAUGAGCUAUAAUGUUCCACGGAAAAUCAUACACAGACAUUGUUGAUCAUCUUGCUAUUUGUUGAGGUUGGGUAAAGCAUACAUGAGAAACAUGAUAUCAAAUCAUACUUAUUAAUGAAAUAGUAAAAUUAUGCAUUCCUGUGAAAUUUUGUAAAUGCAUUAAUUUUGUUUAAAAUAAAAUGGAGCUUUAGGGAAGGGCUGACCUGUGAAAAAUAAAGUGUCAUUUAAUGAA